AUGGUGCGGUGGUUUGGAGGCAGAUCACACCUGAAUGUUGAUGGACCGUAUCUUCAAAUCAUAGAACAGCCAAAGCAGCGGGGGUUUCGUUUCCGAUACGUAUGCGAAGGACCUUCACAUGGUGGACUUCCUGGCGCUUCUAGUGAAAAGAACAAAAAAUCAUACCCUCAGGUCAAAAUCUGCAAUUAUGUUGGACCUGCAAAAGUAAUCGUCCAGUUAGUUACUAAUGGGAAAUACGUCCACUUACAUGCUCACAGCUUGGUGGGUAAAUUUUGUGAAGACGGAGUAUGCACGGUUAAUGCAGGACCUAAAGAUAUGGUUGUAGGGUUUGCCAAUCUUGGAAUACUUCAUGUCACAAAGAAGAAAGUGUUUGAAACUCUGGAAACACGGAUGAUAGAUGCUUGCAAAAAGGGAUACAACCCAGGACUCCUGGUACAUCCUGAACUUAGCUAUCUGCAGGCAGAAGGAUGUGGAGAGAGGCAGUUAACUGAGCGAGAGAGAGAAAUUAUUCGUCAGGCAGCAGUACAGCAGACUAAGGAAAUGGAUCUCAGUGUGGUGCGUCUUAUGUUUACAGCCUUUCUCCCUGACAGUAAUGGUAGUUUCACACGGAAACUUGAUCCUGUUAUAUCAGAUGCAAUAUAUGACAGCAAAGCCCCCAACGCCUCCAACCUAAAAAUCGUAAGAAUGGACAGAACAGCAGGGUGCGUAACAGGAGGGGAAGAGAUUUACCUUCUCUGUGACAAGGUUCAGAAAGACGAUAUUCAAAUACGUUUCUACGAAGAGGAUGAGAACGGUGGUAUGUGGGAAGGCUUUGGAGACUUUUCUCCUACAGAUGUACAUAGACAGUUUGCGAUUGUGUUCAAAACACCCAAGUAUCGAGAUGUCAAUAUCACAAAGCCAGCAUCUGUAUUUGUACAACUGCGUCGGAAAUCUGAUCUGGAAACAAGUGAACCAAAGCCUUUUCUCUACUAUCCGGAAAUCAAAGAUAAAGAAGAAGUGCAAAGGAAACGACAGAAGCUCAUGCCAAACUUCUCUGAUGGCUAUGGUGGAGGCAGUGGCGCAGGAGGCGGUGGCAUGUAUGGAGGGGGAAGUGGCGGUGCUGGCUCUGGGUUCAGUUACCCUUCGUAUGGAUACUCUACUUUUGGAGGGAUGCAUUUCCACCCUGGCACAACAAAGUCCAAUGCUGGAAUGAAGCAUGGACUACCGGAUAGUACAGCUGAACAAGAUGGGAAGAGCUCUGAUAAACAAAGUGACAAAUGGGACAUGAAACAGGAUGUGGAAGUGGAAACUAUGGAGAGGAAUGAGCGCAGAACCCCUAUUGAUAAUGAGAAGAGGAACGAUGCUGCCUCUUCCUGUAAAACUGAAGUAAAUGAAGCAGAUUGCAGCUGGCAGGGUGGUCUGCUCCUGGAGAAAGCCAUGCAGCUUGCCAAGCGUCACUGCAAUGCGCUCUUCGAUUAUGCUGUAACAGGAGAUGUGAAGGUGCUCUUGGCUGUUCAGCGCCACCUCACUGUUGUCCAGGAUGAUAACGGAGACAAUGUCCUUCAUUUAGCAAUUAUCCACCUUCAUACUGAGCUGGUGAAAAACCUCUUGGAAGUGAUGCCUGAUUUGAAUUACAAGGAUAUCAUUAACAUGAGAAACGACCUUUAUCAGACCCCCUUGCACCUGGCAGUAAUCACAAAGCAGGCAGAGGUGGUAGAAGCCUUGCUGAAGGCUGGAGCAGAUGUCAGCCUUCUGGAUCGCCAUGGUAAUUCUGCCUUACAUUUAGCCACUACUGAAGGAGAUGACAGGAUUUUGAGUCUACUCCUCAAGUAUGAGAAAAUAGCUCCGAUGGUUGACCUCUUCAAUGGUGAAGGUCUCAGUGCAAUUCACCUGGCGGUGACUGCAAACAGCAUGUCCUGCCUCAAACAGCUGAUCGCUGCUGGAGUUAACGUCAACGCUCAGGAACAAAAAUCUGGACGAACCGCGUUGCAUUUAGCUGUUGAGCAAGAGAACGUCCCUUUGGCAGGCUGCCUUUUGCUUGAGGGUGAUGCAGAUGUGGACAGCACUACGUAUGACGGGACAACUCCUCUUCACAUCGCAGCGGGAAGGGGCUCUGCGAAGUUGGCAGCAGUUCUCAAAGCAGCAGGUAUGAAAAUGG